UUUCUCUUCUUGUCGUUACAGGCCUAUGAAAAUCGUACAUUUUUCAAAAUGUCAGAAUCGCUACUUCGUUGGAGUGUGGAUCAGCUUAACAGUAAUUUUGGCUUGGAGGCCAGCGACGACAUAGUCCAGUACAUCCUGUCCAUUGAGACCGCGGAGGAGAUCGCCGAGUACGUGGGGGACCUGCUGCAGGGAACAGACGGUAGGAAGAAGGAGUUCAUAGAUGAGUUACUGCGGAGGUGGCGCCAGUUACAGGGAAAUGCGGCUGAUGGUGGAGGAUUCCUGCACAAGAAGAAGGUGCACGAUGAGCCUUCAGGUAUGGCCAAAGACUCACUGAAGAAGUCGAAGAGAAAAGGAAGAAACAAGCAGGAGGUGGUGAUGGUCACCGAGCAGCAGCCUGAGCCAGAGGAGGUGAAAACGCCCAUCGACCUGAUGAAGGCAAAGCAGGCACAGGAGAGCGGCAGCCUUUCCCAAGGGAGGAAGAAGACAAAGUUUGUGAACCUAUACGCCAAGGAGGGUGAAGAUGGGCUUGCCAUCCUGCUGCCUGGCCGGCAUCCCUGCGAGUGUCUGGCCCAGAAGCACCGACUGAUCAACAACUGCCUGAGCUGUGGGCGCAUUGUGUGCCAGCAGGAAGGCUCGGGCCCCUGCCUCUUCUGUGGCAGCUUGGUCUGCACCAAAGAGGAGCAGGAGGUUCUGCAGAGGGACUCGAACAAAAGCCAGAAGCUGCUGCGGAAACUCAUGGGCGAUCGCGGGCUGAUGGCCGAUGGGACAGAGAGGGAUUGUCUGUCCUCACAGGAAGCCAAGAUGAAGGCCGGGCUGGAGAAGGCUAUCCAGCACAAGGAGAAGCUGCUGGAGUUUGACAGGCACAGCGUGCGACGGACCCAGGUUCUCGACGACGAGGCCGACUACUUUUCCACGGACUCCAACCAGUGGCUGUCCCCGGGGGAGCGGGAGGCACUACGGAAGCGCGAGGAGGAGCUCCAGCAGCUCCGUCACGCCACCCGCAGAGACAGGAAGAUCACGCUGGACUUUGCUGGUCGCCAGGUGCUAGAGGAGGGGGAUGACCUUGGGCACUACUACACCAAGUUCGAUGAGGCCGUUCAGGCUAUAAAAAGCGGUGGUCUGACUCAGACCUCCAGGCAGGAACAGACCCAGCAUCCCCUGCGAGAUCUGGUGAACCCCAACAUCACGCAGACGCCUCCCGUGUGGGUGGAGGUGGGGGCUCGUGAGGCCCACAGGAAGCCAAUCAGAGAGGGUCAGGCCAAGGAGGAGUCACGAGCCAUGCUGAGGCUGCAGGACCCCGAGCUGAAGGAGAUGGCGGAUGAUGGUUGGUGCCUCUCCAUGCACCAGCCGUGGGCCUCGCUGCUCGCGAAGGGCAUCAAGAGGGUGGAGGGCCGGACGUGGUACACCCCCCACCGUGGGCGUCUUUGGAUUGCGGCGGCCGCCAAGAAACCGACCCCCCAGGAAAUCUCCCAGGUGGAGGCCCAGUACCGUCAGUUGUACGGAGCAGAUGUCCCGUUCCCCCAGGACUACCCCACCGGCUGCCUGCUAGGCUGUGUCAGCCUAGUGGACUGCCUGGCACAGGAGCAGUACAGAGAACAGUUCCCUGACACCUGUGAGGAGUCGGCAUCACCGUUCGUCUUCAUCUGCACCAGCCCCCAGGAGCUGCUGGUCAAAUUUCCCAUGAAAGGGAGGCACAAGAUCUGGAAGCUCGACAGCCAGUAUCACCAAGGAGCGAAGAAGGGGUUAAUGAAGAGCUGAGCAGCCGUGUGACCCUGAGGGGGGUAGGGUCAGGGGUCACUGCAGGGACGACCACCAGAAUCGUUCCAGCCUGCUGCAUUACAGGAGGGGGGCAGGACUGCCACCGGACCAGAAUAUACCAGCAUUGGUCACAUCCCCUUUGGGAUUUUGCACCGAGCUGGGCUGUACCAACCACUCUCUUAUGCAGGGGAGUUUAUUCCAGGAGGAAGCCCAUCUUAGUGUUCUGUGACUCGCUGGUGACUCGCUGGUUACGCCGGUGACUCGGUAUUCUGGAAACUUGUGUAGUAUGAAAUUAAAUUGGCACACAUAUAUCUGUAUAUUUGAAAA